AUUGACUUCAUACACCCUACUCAUCUCCUCUUCCUCAAUUAACCCUUCCCAAGUCCUCCCUCCUUAUCACCACCCUCCAAAAUGUUUACCCGAAGCUCAAGAUUCGCGACAAGCUGCACAAAACAGCAACUCACCCGCCAAGCAAGAGCUCCCCUCCGCAAUGCACGCGCACGCUACUCCACCUCCACAGAAGCCGCCCCAUCAGGAAGCAACCCCGCCAUAAUCGGUGGUAUCGCGGGAGGCGCUGUUACAUUCGUCGCCGGGUACACCUGGUACCACUUCUCCGGGGCGAAGAAGCUCGUCCAGACGGCGAAUCAAACCGAGGCGUACUUCAAGGAAGCCAAGAAGACGGUCGCGCAGAAGACCCCUGAGCCAAAUGAGGCGUUCGGGUGGUUGAGAGAUACGGCCAAGAGCUAUGCAUCGUUUAUUCCCGGUGCCAAGGGCUAUGUUGACACGGCAUUUGAUGACCUGGAGCAUAUCCGACGGAAUCAGGGGAAGGAGUUUGAUGAGAUUAUUCGUGAUCUGUAUAACGAGUUGCGCGAUGUCUCGAAGAAAGGAGGCUUUGAUGUUGAUACUGCGUUCAAGGUGCGAGAUGUGCUAGAGAAGCAUGUUAAGCGGUUGUAUGAACUCGCCGGUGACUCUGCUGGAGACAUCCUGGAUAACCAUCCUGAGCUUAGGACGAAGGUAGGGGGUAGCUUUGACCGGCUGAAGGAGAUGGGCAGUGCCUACGGUCCUCAGGCUCAGGAGGAGGUGGAUAAGGCUUGGAAGCAACUGAAAGACAUUGUCUCUGGAGGGAUCAACUCUGAUACAGUAGAGAAGGUUCAAAAGAUUGCCCGAGAGAAGGAAGAAAAACUGCGGAAGCUUGGGGACGAGGCGUGGCGACAAGGUUUAGUCGAAGUUCAGCCAUACCUAGAGAAGAAUCCAAAGCUCAAGGAAUUAGUUGAGAGAAACACGGUGGCCUUAAAGAAUGGCAACUUCUCGAAGAUAUGGAGCUUGAUCAAGGAGAGCUCGUCUUCUGGAAACACUGAAGACUUGGAGAAGUACAUCAAGGAGACCGCUAAUCAAGCGAGGAGCAGCGGGUUCGGCAGCUUGGAUAAACUGUCCAACAUGGUUCCAGGUGGUUCCAACAUCCUGACACAGUUACAGUCACUUCAGAAUGCUGCAGAGAAGAAGGGUCCGGAAGCUGAGAAGCUCCUCAAGGAAACUAUCGAUGACAUUCAGGGCGUGUUAUCUGAGAAAGUGAAGCAAGCUGAGAAUCUUGCUGAGGAAACCAAGUCGGAGACAAAGUAA